UCAUUCCUUCCUUCCUAUUCCUAAACCAUUCAUCAUUCCACAAUAUAUUUCCACAAAACUCAAAGAAACACAAACACCUCUUUAUUAACUUCAAUCUUUUUUCACACCAAAAAAAAAUCAGUUUGAAUUAUUGCAAUGGAAAAGAACACAAAGGCAUCAAGAUUCAACAGAAUCUGUGUCUUCUGUGGAAGCAGUCCUGGUAAGAAGCCUAGCUACCAGCUUGCAGCUGUCCAGCUUGGAAAAGAAAUGGUUGAGAGGAACAUAGACUUGGUGUAUGGAGGUGGAAGCAUAGGAUUGAUGGGUUUGAUUUCUCAAGCUGUGUAUAAUGGCGGCCGCCACGUGUUGGGGGUGAUUCCCAAAACUCUGAUGCCUAGAGAGAUAACAGGAGAGCCAGUGGGAGAAGUAAGAGCUGUUUCUGGUAUGCAUCAAAGGAAGGCUGAGAUGGCUAGACAAGCUGAUGCUUUUAUAGCCCUACCUGGUGGCUAUGGUACAUUGGAAGAAUUGUUGGAAGUCAUAACUUGGGCUCAACUUGGAAUUCACGACAAACCGGUGGGUUUGCUCAAUGUGGAUGGCUACUACAAUUCACUGUUGUCGUUCAUAGACAAAGCUGUGGAUGAAGGUUUCAUUGCACCAUCUGCCCGUCAUAUCAUUGUGUCUGCCCAAACUGCCCAUGAACUAAUGUCAAAGCUCGAGGAUUAUGUUCCGAAACAUAACGAGGAUACACCAAAGCUUAGUUGGGAAAUGGAACAACAAUUGGGCUAUACCACAAGAUCAGAUAUUGCUCGUUGACUUGGAAUUUAUUAAGUCUUAAUUUAUUUAAUUAGGCAAAGUACAUAUUUAAUUUUGACACACAUGCAACGUCACAUGAUGCUUAGCUAGGCCUAGGGAUUUACAUAGUUUAAAAUACUCCAUUGAUUUUAAAUUUAGUGGAAUUUUUAUUCCAUUAUUUUGUGCCUAGUGUUGCAUUGUUCCUCUGUUUGAUCCUUUUUUAAAGUGAUAAUCUCAAUUAAAUUUGUUAGAA